UAAAAGCUUUUAACUAAAUUCCUGCCUGUCAGAUGUAGGCCCCAUUUUGAGCGUGGAGCUGCCUUCGAGCGAGCGUGAGCGGCGCCUCCCGCCCAUGGUGCGUGGGGCCGGGCCGGGGGCCUCGCUGAGCGCGCUCUCCCACCCCGCAGGCGCCUCCAGCAUGGCGGCGGCCGAGGUGCCCGGCUACCUCGUGUCUCCCCAGGCGGAGAAGCACCGGCGGGCCCGCAACUGGACGGACGCCGAGAUGCGCGGCCUCAUGCUGGUCUGGGAGGAGUUCUUCGACGAGCUCAAGCAGACCAAGCGCAACGCCAAGGUGUACGAGAAGAUGGCCAGCAAGCUCUUCGAGAUGACCGGCGAGCGCAGGCUGGGCGAGGAGAUCAAGAUCAAGAUCACCAACAUGACCUUCCAGUACAGGAAAUUAAAAUGCAUGACAGAUAGCGAGUCCGCCCCGCCCGACUGGCCCUAUUACCUAGCCAUUGAUGGGAUUCUGGCCAAGGUCCCCGAGUCCUGUGAUGGCAAACUGCCGGACAGCCAGCCGCCGGGGCCCUCCACGUCCCAGACCGAGGCGUCCCUGUCGCCGCCCGCUAAGUCCACCCCUCUGUACUUCCCGUAUAACCAGUGCUCCUACGAAGGCCGCUUCGAGGAUGAUCGCUCCGACAGCUCCUCCAGCUUACUGUCCCUUAAGUUCAGGUCGGAGGAGCGGCCAGUGAAGAAGCGCAAGGUGCAGAGCUGCCACCUGCAGAAGAAGCAGCUGCGGCUGCUGGAGGCCAUGGUGGAGGAGCAGCGCCGGCUGAGCCGCGCUGUGGAGGAGACCUGCCGCGAGGUGCGCCGCGUGCUGGACCAGCAGCACAUCCUGCAGGUGCAGAGCCUGCAGCUGCAGGAGCGCAUGAUGAGUCUGCUGGAGAGGAUCAUCACCAAGUCCAGCGUCUAGGCCAGCAGGCGGCGGCGGCGGGGCCGGGCGGCUGGUGGUGCUGCUGGGGCCACCCAGGGCAGGCCACUCAGGCCAGGCGGGCAAGGGGGCCGCCCCGCGAGCGGAGACCGCCUUCCACCUGGCCUCUGGCGGGAUGUCCCUUCUGAGGGGUGUUUUGAGGAACCCCCAGGCCCUGGGGACCGUGAGGCUCCAGUCUCCAGCAUGAAUGCCCCUCCUCGGACACAGACCAGGGCCUCCGGGGUUCACUCCGAGGAAGAACGUCCUAGAGCCACUCUCCAGUCCCGUUACUAUCAAUGAUACUUGACGUGGCUUUGAUAUUAAAUGUAUACUUUUUCAUUCUUGCCUGGAACGCACGGUUUGCUGUUGCUGGCUUGGUGAGGAUGCCCUGAUUGAUGGAUCCCGAAAAUGAAAGCAGAUGGAAACGGGUCAGGGCAGGCUGGAGCUGGGGGAGCUCUCUCCUGAAGGGAACCCUGUGUCCUCCCUCACCAGGACCUCUGCGUCUCUCCUUAAAUGGCCUCAGACGUCUGAUGAAAACCCCAGGGACCUUCCAGGAGGCUUUUAUUCAGCUCUGUUUGGAGCAUCAGGUGUUUCCACUGCCUCCUUAGCAAUGACACUAAUAAAAGUCGUAACACCUGCUCACAUGCA